AUGCAGCAACAAGACACAGACUCAGACUCAGACAAGCUGAAGGUGGCGGUAGAAAAACUCAGAUUCUCAAAUGGCCACCUGAAGGGGCGCGACCUCGCCAAAAUGAAGGUCGUCAAGAAAGCCUUCAUCAAGUCUGAAAGGGAGCGAAAUCCAGCUUCGCGCCAGACCACAAAGGUGCACAAAAAGGUUGAGAGUGUCUUUUCGGCCAUAUAUGUCAAAUGUGGCCCUCUCAUGUUCAUUCUGUGCUGCGUGGCUUUUAACGCGCACACGAUGAUAAAAUGCAUGCCCAGCGGCGGAAUAUCCAAGGUGAUUGAUGGGCUGGAGGAGUGGAAGUCAACCGACGAAUGGAAGUCGCUCUCGGCGGACUUUAGGGGGGAAGACCUCAUCCGCAAUGUGUUCGACCAGAACUUCGUGGCAGCACUGCGCAAACUCGACCAUACUCGUCUAGAAAAAGCCGGCCUACGUGCCCCAGUACGAGACCGCCAGCCAUUACAGCAGGUCGGAACAGACUGCUGGCAAUUGCAGCAGCCCGGAGAAGAGUGUCAGUCAAUACAGCAGCCCGGAGAAGAGUGCCAGCCAGUACAGCAAGCCAGUGCAGAGUGCCAGCCAUUACAGCAGCCCAGAGAAGAGCGUCAGCCAUUACAGCAGCCCAGAGAAGAGUGCCAGCCAGUACAGCAAGCCAGUGCAGAGUGCCAGCCAUUACAGCAGCCCGAAGAGGAGUACCAGUCAUUACAGCAGCCCGGAGAAGACUGCCAGCCAUUGCAGCAGCCCAGAGAAGAGUACCGGCCAAUGCAGCAGCCCAGCGAAGAGUACCAGCUAUUCCAGCAAGCCAGUGCAGAGUGCCAGCCAAUGCAGCAGCCCAAAGAGUACCAGCCAUUGCAGCAGCCUAAAGAAGAGUACCAGCCAUUGCAGCAAGCCAGUACAGAGUACCAGCCAUUGCAGCAGGCUAAUACAGAGUACCAGCUAUUACAGCAAGCCAAUACAGAGUACCAGCCAUUACAGCAAGCCAGUACUCAACUCAUUCCCAUCAUUCCCGCCAAUGACCCUCCCACGGACCAUGGCCCAACAAACGAGGGUUUCUGGGCCCAGUCAGUUUCGAGUGGCUCGCCCUGGACAGGGUCGGCGAGCGAUGGUGGUCUCAGCACUCCCGAAACCCACGGUCCUUAUGGUAAUGCGGUGCCUGCUCCCAUGGUCUACAAUUCAGACCUGAUGGAGGCGAUGCGGAUCGCCUGGACGUUCAACACUUUCAACCAUCGCCUGGAACUAACGCCAGACAGCUACUCUCGGUUGAAAAUAACCAUGGUGGUCGACUGCUCGCCUGAGCAGGCCUGGUCUCUCACACAAGACAAGGUUCCUUUGCCGCCGUCGUUGCUGUGA